GUCCUAGACAGGAGGAUUCUGCAUAUCCCCAUCAGCAGAGAAUUCGCCAUUGUGGGGUCGUAUCCCCUAGGUGGCUUGAGCUGAGCGCGGUAUCGAUCGCUUCCCAGUGGCAAUGAUGGGGCGUAGUCCCGAGUAGAUAUAUACAUCUGUGCUUGUCCUCGCCCGUGCUUCCUCCUCGAGUGAUGCUUCCCCCGCAGUCACAUCCCGGCGUCGAUUGAAGUGUCAUCUUGGUACUUCCUACCUGUCAUCAUGCGGUUCCCACCACCAGAGGUUCGGAAGACAUGGCCCAAGCCGAACUACGUCGACCCCGUCGAGCGAGGCCCCGGAUUGAUGAUCGUGGAGUUGACGCUGUUACCUAUAGCGGUGAUAUGUGUGGCACUCAGGUUGUGGGUGCGGAUAGGAUGGCUGCACAAGAGUUGGUGGGACGACUGGCUCAUGGUUGUUGCUGUGAUAUUCUCUGCUGGAACGACUGCGCUCGUGAUCAUGGCCACACAGAUGUAUGGCUGGAAUGUCCACGUCUGGGACCUGCAGAUCCACCAGAUGGAGACGGGCAGAAAGGCUUCAAUGGCCGGCCAAACACUAUUUGUGCUUGCUUCCAGCUUUGUCAAAAUGUCCAUCCUCACGUCGUAUUUCCGCAUCGCGCCCGAAAAAUCCUUGUUCCGCAAGCUCGUAUGGGCCACUUUCGCUCUCGUCUUCGCUGCCUUCAUCGUCUUCCUCAUCGCACUAUGGGUACAAUGCAUUCCCAUUAGCAGCUAUUGGAAACUGCUGGCCGACCACCGCGACUGCAUUCCCGAAGGUCCGCCACUCGUAGUCCAGAGCACCCUCAACGUCGUGACAGACUUCAUGAUCUACGCCUUACCGAUCCCGACACUGAUCAGUCUCUCGCUUCCUUGGAGCCAACGUAUCGGCCUUAUGAUCCUAUUUGGUGUGGGUGGCGUCAUCGUCGUUGCAGGGAGCUUCCGAGCAUACUGGAUCCACUUCGUCCUCUUCAGAACCUACGACGUCACCUGGGAAGGGUUCCAGAUUUGGGUUUGGACCGCUGUCGAAACCAAUGUGGGAGUCAUCUGUGGAUGUAUUCCUGCAUUGAAGCCACUCCUCUUUCCCUCUCGCGCCCGAACUCAAGGAUCAAGUAACCGUUCAAAGCCGUACGGCAGCGGACACAGCCGACAGAGAGAGAAGAUCCGCCUACCUGAUGACCCCGAAAAUAUGGAGCUGGACACCCGGGUGUUGACGUCGCAGGAUCAGAGCAUAGCGACUGGGGGUGUUCCAAGCGAACGACCGAUGAGUGGCAGAACUGACAAGAGUCGAUUCGAUGUCGACGUUGAACAUCAGAAAUCGUUCAUGUAUUAGCCUUUUAAUGGUUCUCUUUUUUUCUUUCCUUCCGAGCGGCAGCUGUGUUCGGGGAUCACACUUGCGAUUCCGGCGUGUUGCUUCAGGUGAUUCAGCUUGGGAGGCGUUUUCGUGUCCCAUCACCCACUCUUCGUACGACCAACGAAUUCUUUUACUUCCAUGUCCUUGAGCAGAUAUCCAGGCAGGAAUCCAGGGAAUCAACAAUUAAAACGAUAUGUGAAAC